CGACGGCGACGGGGCCGGUCGCCCCCCAAAGGGCGACAGGGCAUGGCUACCCUAUUUAACCCCCCUCCCCUCUCACCCCUCAUUAUAUUCUCAAAAAUUCCAGAAAAAAUAGAAAAAAAGAAGAGAGAGGUGAGAAAAAGGAAACCGACGAAGCCUUGCAGGAGUGCGCAUCUGUGAUCUGCAGGUAUUAACAUUUGACCUUCCACGUAGUUGUGUUGUUUUUUAUUGUAAUUUAUUUUAAGUAGUGUUGUAGUAGUUAAUUUCUAGCAGUAGUUUGCGGAUAUAUUAUUUACAUUGUAUGAAAUUAUUUCUGGAAUAUCAGAACACGCGUUUAUUACAAAAUCUUUAAUAUUAGAGAUUACUUUAUAAAUUAGAUUUGUUUUAGAUUGUAUUAGAUUAUAAUAGGAUUAUUUCUCUGUUUUGCUAUUUCAGUAAUUUCAGACAUGUGCUUAGAAAUUAAUUUUGAAUUAGAAUAAUAUUAAUAUGGAGGUAAUGAAUUAAUUUGUAGAAAAUUAAGAAUUAGAAGUUAGUACAAUACAAAUUAUUUUUAGACAUAUUUAUAAAUGAAUUAGAAUAGAAUUAUUUUAUGGAUCGCAUAUGUAGUAUAUGUAUGCAUACGAAUCGGUGGAUAAUUUGCACGUUAGUUAUAUACGUAGACCGGAAUACUUAUAUGUUGUAGUUGAAUUUCGUACGUAGUUUGUAUAGAUUAUUGAAUAACAUAGUGAAAUAAAGAGUAUGACUGCAUAAGUGUUCGUUGAUGCACAGAUAUGUCGAGCAAGAUGCAGUUUCAAGUUUUUUUUGUGACUACAGUGUUUUGUAUGGACCAAAUGGAGUAGAUUUGUCAGCAUUUAACUGCACAUCUAGCGGUAUAGAUAAACCUCUAAAGAGGAGUUUCGGAUCCAUAUACAAGUGGCUGCACCGUGGUUUCCGGGUUGAUCCGGAAACCCAUCUGAUGACCAUGCACGGUCUUAUGAAUUGGGUGGUAGAUGGUGAGCAAUGGGAAUUGAUGAUGAUAAACAACACUGCGGAGUGGCAGAAGUACAUGCAAGCAGCUCUAGAGCGUGGGUGGCCUCUGGCCAUUUUUGUUCAGACUCGAGAGAAGCCACAACCGCAAACCCAAUAUGGUGAAGAUAAAGCCACUACGAGUAGACAAGGAGACCCCAAUUAUGUUGAGGAAGAUGAGUCAGAACAGAUAGAGAACCAAAACAUCGAACCACAGGGUCUUGCUGACGAGGGAGAGAGGAUACAAAGCAUCGUGGAGGAGAUGGAGACAGAAGACCAAGCCGCAAUGGACAUGGAAGAAGAUGACUAGUCAUCUGAUGAUGAGCAGUACGCAUUGCCAAAAGAGUGGAAAGAGCAUGGUUUUGGCAAUCCUGUGGUAGAGGAUGUACGUCAUCAGGAAUGAGAGUACAGAGGGAAUGAGGUAGUGCAGGGUGCUACAUAUCCACCAUUGAUGCUGUGAAAGAUGCUGUGAAACUCUGGGCAGUAUCUCUGAAGAGAGAAUUCAGAGUCGUGAAAUCUGGACGAAAAGAAUACGAGGUGAAGUGUGUGAAUGAUGGUUGUCCAUGGCGUGUGCACGCAUUCAAAGGCAAAUGGAAUUCCAAUUGGAAAUGUUCUAUUGUGACAGAGUAUACUUGUUUCAUGUCCGAAGUUCGGCCUUCGCAUCGCAAUGUAUCAUCUGAGUUUGUUGCAAAGCAUAUUUAUGGGUUGAUUAUGGACAACCUUAAUUAUGAGCAAAAAAUGAUUGUUCGAUACAUUGAACAAACUUACCAGUACAACAUUAGUUAUAUGAAGGCAUGGGGGCCAAACAAAAUGUGUUUGAGAUGCGGUUUGGCACGUACGAGGCAUCCUAUGAUAACCUACCUCAAAUGUUAUCCUAUGUUGUUGCUAGAAACCCUGGAAGUUUCUAUGACACUUACCUCGUGCCAACCGUGAGGAGGGGACAAAGCUUUCUGCUUCGAGCCUUCUUUUGCCUAGGUGCAUGUGUGAGAGCUUUUCAGUAUUGUCUUCUGGUUUUAUGCAUUGAUGGGACAUUUUUGACUGGAAGGUACAAAGGGCAGAUACUCACCGCAAUCGGGGUAGACUGCAACCACCAAAUAGUACCGGUCGCUUUUGUAUUUGUUGAGAAUGAGAACACAGAAAGUUGGUAUUGGUUCCUUGAACGAGUGAAGAUUCAUAUUGUUGCCGCCCGUCCAGAUGUGUGCCUUAUAAGUGAUAGGCACGCAGGUCUGCUACAAGCAAUUAUGAAAUUACAAGUCGGAAAUGGAACAACGCCUCCAUUAUGGCCAGAUGUGCAAAACAGGUGGUGCAUUAGGCAUAUGGGUGCAAACUUCUUUGACCACUUCAAGAACAAGGAACUAAAGGACUUGUUCAAGAGGUUGUGCACUCAGAAUCAGCAGAGAAAAUUUAAUGCUUUGUGGCAGAUGCUUGAUCAGCUAACUGCGGAGCAAAUGAAGGCAAGGGCAGCAGGAACCAGCAGUAGCCAGUCUGCAGAUGCAAGGGCUUCUUUGGAGAAGCCAUUUUCGCACUGGAUUCGAGGUGCACCGAAGGAGAAAUGGUCAUUCCUUUAUGAUACAAACGGAAUGCGGUACGGUAUCCAGACAACAAACCACGCAGAGUGUUUCAAUAUGGUGAUGCGAUGUUGUUGUGGCUUUCCUCUCGUGGGAAUUGUUGAGUUCAUCAUGUAUGGAUGCAUGAAGUAUUUUAGAGAGCGAUACAUGGCUGCAACCAUAAACAUGAGCAACCCCCAAAUUCAGUUUUGCACAAGAGUGACACAAUAUAUGCAAGACAAGAUAGCAAAGGCCAGACAGUACCGCGUCCUAUCGACGGGUACAAGGGAGCAUAGAUUUGCGGUGCUAUGCAAGGAUAGAACUGGUCGUGGCAUCCGUAGAGAUAGGGUGGUGCAAGAGAGUUUAAUUAGAGCAGAUAGCAUUGCCCGCUGCACCUGCAUGAAGCCAAAGUUAUUGCAUUUGCCCUGUUCGCACGUCAUUGCCGUUUGUGCAGAAUCUGGGUUGCAGCCAGGAGUAUUUGUGUCACCCUAUUUCAGCAAGGAGGCAGUUUCAUCCACCUGGGGACAUGAAAUAUACGGGAUUGGCAUAGUUGGACCCUUUAUUACGGUCCGGGAGGUUAAGACUUAUGUUCCUGAUCCAGCCACUAAGAAAGGCAAAGGCCGUCGUCAGACGCGUCGUAUAAGAAAUGGUAUGGACGAGACCGAGUCAAGCAAGGCACAAAAGCGUUGCAGCCAAUGUGGAGCAUUGGGUCACAACUACAAAAGGUGUCCUCAGAAUGCAAUUCACGGUGAUACAAACGCUGGUCCUUCUUGAAAUCCAACAGAUGGAGCACCUCCUACGUUCAGACCAUCAUUGCCGAGAAUUGCUCGUGAAAGGCACUCAGUGUCGUGAUUCAAGGCAUUGUAUGGGCUCGUUGCUAGACCCUGUUAUCGACGCGAGCCACCAGUCUUUCGCCGCAGCAGUUCAGCGCCGAGCCCUUGGAGUGCUACGACCGCGUCCACCAGGAGAGGUCAUCUCUAUACACCAAGAUUGAGUCGCAAGGUUACAUGAGUGUGGUCUACUGACUCUGGGCCGUCUUGUGGAGGGUGGGAUUGUGAAGCUUGACCGAUUCCUCCUGACGGCGCUAGUGGAUAGAUGGAGGCCGGAGACUCACACGUUCCACCUCCCAUGUGGGGAGAUGACUCCGACGCUGCAGGACGUGACCUACCUACUGGGUCUCCCUAUCGUCGGUGAUGCCGUAGGUCCGCGCGUGGUGCCGGCUUCGUGGAAGAAUGACCUGGAGGAGCUCUUUGCUCCGGUACAGCGCGUGGCAGCAGCAGGACCGAUCAACCCGCACCCGCUAGCCGCAGGUCCUUCGAAUACCUGGUUGCUACAGUUUAUACCUACCCAGUUGGAUGCGGAUGCGGACGAGUAUAGUGUGACCAGAUCGCUGGAGGCGUACCUGCUAUGGUUGUUUGGUUACAUUAUAUUCAACAACACCCAUGGCAACUCCGUCGAUAGGAUCCUACUUCCGUACGCACGAGAGAUUGCAGAUGCAGAGGAUGACUUACCGCCCUACAGCUAGGGUUCGACGGUAUUGGCGGCCACCUAUUGUGGACUCUGCGACGGGUGCAGCAAGACCGAUGGUGAGGCUAUUCUCUCGGGGUGCCCACUCCUGCUUCAGAUUUGGUCGUACGAGAGGAUAGCGGUUGGUCGCCCUAUCGUGAGCCAGGAGCCAUACCAUGACAUCGUGAACGGCGACGACGAGGAGGGUUGGCCCACGAUGGGUACCCUCUGGAACUGGCGUCAGAGAUCUUGGGCGCAUGCCCAGGUUAGGCGCGCAUAUCCUGAGUUCGUGUCGGAGCUGGAUAUGCUGACGCCAGAGGACGUUAUCUGGGAGCCAUACACCCCAGAGGCGGUGGCGACACGUGCACCUUUAGGCCUGUCUCCACACUGCUCUGCAAAUGUGGGCAUGUGGCUUACUACAGCCGUCGUUGUUUACGACAUCGCGGUUGAGGCGCAUUGCCCGCACAGAGUCAUGAGACAGUUUGGACAGCGACAGGAGUUUUCGGUGGCCACGGCUUUGGACCGAGUCGAUCGGCACAACCACAGGUUGUCGAGUAGUGGCUUGCCGUGCUCAGCCGUUUGGCUCACCACGAUGCAGCCGUGGUUGGAGCAAUGGGACGAUGCAGAUGAGAACGUGGUCGAGCCGACAGGACCACACACAGACAACUCUUUCUGGGCUUACCUCACCUGGUACUUGCCUCGGACUCGGGCUCGUUUGGUCUUUCCUGACACGAACCCGCAGCCACACCAGGCGAGUCUUCGGGAUGGCUACGCCCAGCACCAUGUGGAGGCACUAGCUGGCGCG